UUAAUAAAAACAACACUGCAACAAUGGCUAUGCCACAAAUAAGCGCCAACGACCAAGCAAAGCUUCAGCUGAUGCAAGAAAUGGAAAUCGAAAUGAUGUCGGAUUUAUAUAACCGCAUGACAAAUGCCUGUCAUAAGAAGUGUAUACCACCGCGCUACGGCGAAUCUGAAUUGGGCAAGGGAGAGAUGGUGUGCAUAGACCGUUGUGUGGCGAAAUAUUUGGAUAUACAUGAGAAAAUUGGCAAGAAACUGACGGCUAUGUCCAUGCAGGAUGAGGAGCUUAUGAAGAAAAUGUCUAGUUAAAUAUUAGUUACAACGAAUUGUUCAUAUUGAUGCAAUUCUCAAGUGCAUUUCAGUUGUCGUUACAUUGUUUCGUUACAGAUAAACAAAAACUAGAACGUAAACACAAGUAAA